GGAGGGGAAGAGAGAUAAACAGAAGGAUUGGGACCAGUAAACACUGAGCUUUCUUUAACAACUCUUUGAGGAUCACUUGCACAAAACAGAUGAAUAUUUGCAGGGACGGCUCUUUUUUUGUGUGUCUGUUAAAUGAGAAGACUAGGAUCUGAGCCUGAUGACACCGUGAUUGGCAGUGAGUUGAGACGAGACACUAUCAGGAUUUGCAAGAGGGGUUGCAGUGGUCCCAAGAGAGAGGGAAAGAGAGAUUGAGAGACAAGGGAGGAGUGCAGGGGUGCCGCUUGUAGGGCAGAUUCUAAAGCAACGCAUAAAGUGAGCAACAAGACCAAAGGUGAAAAAACCCAAAAAACUUCAGCGAUGGCUUGGAAUAUUUUUGACCGCAGUAUUUCAAACAUGGACAAAUCUAUCAGCCCCAGGAGGUGUGAGGCCUCCUGCUACAACAGAAGGAGGAGGGAGGACAGGAGAGUAACUCUCCGGGGCACGCGUCACCUGCAACGACAGUUUUUCCAUCUCACGUCCCUCCUCCUUACGUUUGUGCUCCUAAGCUCCUGGGGUCAGGUGGAGGGAGUCCCCCAGCACUCAAGCUUCCGCAGGUUAAGCGGCCGAGAAAAGAAGGAGAUGCAACGGGAAAUCUUAUCUAUCCUGGGCCUACCUGGGCGACCCCGCCCCCACCCGCCCCUGCGGCCGCCGUCCUCCGCCCCGCUCUUCAUGCUGGACCUGUACCACGCCGUGUCGGCCGAGGGUGACGAGGGACCGGGUCUUGGUUUUAACCCAGAGGCAGUGAGCCAGGCUGCAUUGCCCACCCUCAGCACACAUACAGCCCCCCUGGGUAUGAUGGUCAGUGAGGCUGACACGGUUAUGAGCUUCGUCAAUCUGGUCGAGCAGGAAAAGGAUCUCCUGCAGCCUCGGCCUUACUGGAAGGAGUUCCGAUUUGACCUGACACCUCUGCCCCAAGGAGAGACCGUCACUGCAGCAGAGUUUCGCAUCUACAAAACGGUUACAGUGGGCCAGCGAGCAAACCGCACGCUCCACAUCUCCGUCUACGAGAUUCAGCGGGAGAAAAAACAUAGGGAGCCUGAGUUGGUGUUACUGGACAUGCAGUCAGUACCUGCGGGGCAGGAGGGCUGGCUGGCCUUCGAUGUGACAUCUGCCAGCAACCACUGGCUCCUGCACCCACGCAGCAACAUGGGCAUCCGAUUAUACGUCGAGACUGAGGAAGAUCGUUCGUUAUCUGCUGGGUGGGUGGGGCUGGUGGGGCGACGCGGUCCGCGCUCCAAACAGCCGUUCAUGGUUACGUUCUUCCGCGCGAGCCAGGCUCCCUGUCGCCCGCCGCGUGCCCUUAGACACAGCACACCGCGCAAGAAGAAACACAAAUAUGAUCUGCCUCAUCCAAACAGACCUGACAUAAUAGGAAAUUACAACCAUGUAAGCAGUGGGCGACAGGCCUGCAAGAAACAUGAGCUCUAUGUCAGCUUCAGUGACCUGGGAUGGAAGGACUGGGUAUUGGCUCCUUCCGGUUACUCUGCAUAUUACUGCGAUGGAGAAUGUGAUUAUCCUUUGGGUUCCUGUAUGAACGCCACCAAUCAUGCAGUGAUCCAACUUGUGGUUCAUCUUAUGAAACCUGACGAGGUACCAAAGGUAUGUUGCGCUCCCACGAAGCUCAGCCCCAUCUCUGUGCUCUUUUACGAUGACAACAACAACGUUAUCCUCAAGAAACAUCGCAAUAUGGUGGUCAAGACCUGCGGAUGCCUGUAAAAAAAACUCCACCGUCGUUCUGUUCACAUCAGUUUUGCCUUUUCGUCAUUAUCCUCCACUCUCGGG